AUGAAGCAGAUGCUGGAGCAGAUCUAUUGCCAGCAAGUUCCGCCCCAAUGUGAUAGUGGCCGAGCGAUUGCUUUGCAACAAUUCGCCGACCCUCAGACUACCGCUCUACGAUCUGUCCCUCAGCCGAGUCAGCACCAGGGUCCGGCCGAGCCUACGCCCGCACAUUCCAUGACCGUCGCAGUGGGGCCUCCGAUUGAGGGUAUGGUCGAUAGUGAUGAACCCUGGAAAGCUGACCUCCGGGACUUCAGGAGGGAAGUGCGAGAAGAUAUCGCUAACAUGAAGCAAGGUCACGACGCACAUCCAACGAGGCCCGAGACAAAACCAUCUUCGUUCAUAAAGGAGAUAAUGCAAGCUCAGUUGUCGGAACGGUUCCGUCUUCCACAGAUUACGACCUUCACUGGCAAGACCGAUCCUACCGAGCACAUCGAAUCCUUUUGGACGUAUAUGGAGUUGCACGAUGCCUCAGAUGCCGUAAUGUGUCGAGCUUUCUCCCUCACUUUAGUCGACGUAGCUCGACUUCGGUUUAAGCAGUUGAAACCAAAGUCCAUUAGCUCGUUCACGGAGCUCAGUGAUGCCUUCCUCACUAAUUUCAUUGGUGGGAAGAAAAAGCUGAAGUCGCCUGCACACCUAAACAACAUAGUGCAAAAAGAGGGAGAGUUGCUGAAAGAUUACAUUAAGUGUUUUAACUUCGAGUCUCUCCAGGUUCAGAAAUAUUCAAAUGAGACAGCACUCAACUCGCUUAUGCAAGACAUCAGAGACAAACCAUUUUUGGCAUCCUUUGACAAGAACCCGCCUACUACUCUGGCUGAGUUCAUGGCCCGGUCAGAUAAGUACGCGAAUGCCAAGGAAACCCAGAUCAAGAGUGAAGCCGCCCAAAACGUGAAAGCCACGGUCAAAGAGUCAGCAAAGAAAGAAGUUGACUCGACCAGUGAAAAGAAAUGUAAAGAUGACCGAGCACGUGAUGAUCGUAAAUUGGGUAAACAGCCAGACCGCAAGUUUUCGACGUAUACCCCGCUCAACAAACCGCAAGAGCAGGUUUUAAUGGAGAUUAAGGGUGAAGGAUUCGUCAAUUGA